UAAUAUUUUUAAAUUAAUUCAUUAUCCCAACCAUUCACUAAUAAUUCCUCUAUAUAAAGCACCAAACAUUUGAUAUCAAAAUCCAUGAAAUUAAUAAUACCAUAUAAUCAACUAAUUAUUAUAAGUGUGUAAUGGCUCACCGUUUAUGUUCCCUUUCCUUGCUUAUCAUCCUAGCCUUGGCUAGUACCUUAGACAGCAUCCAUGCACUAAAGUACGUGGGCAUAAACAAAGCCGGAUCAACUAACGGUGGUAUCAGAUUCAACAAUGAUAUCACCUUUGAAUACAGCUUCCGAACCCUAAUUACCUCCACAAAUUUCAUAAGAAGGCUGUUCCAGCAAAACUCGGCCUCUGACACGAAGGCCGUGCCAAAGAUCACCUUGAUCAUCGAGGAUAUCGAUGGUGUGGCCUUCGCUGUCAAUGGAGAGAUCCAUGUCAGCGCAAGGUACAUCGGGGGCUACACUGGAGAUCUCAAGAGAGAGAUCUCGGGUGUUCUUUUUCAUGAGAACACUCAUAUUUGGCAGUGGAAUGGUAAGGGGCAAACUCCAGGGUGGUUGAUAGAAGGAAUUGCUGAUUUUGUGAGGUUGAAGUCUGGGUAUGUACCUGGACAUUGGGUUAAGCCAGGGCAAGGGAGUAAGUGGGAUAAAGGGUAUGAUGUUACUGCUAGGUUCUUGGAUUAUUGUAAUGAUCUUAGGAAUGGGUUUGUAGCUGAGCUCAACAAGAAAAUGAGGAAUGGUUAUAGUGAUAAUUUCUUUGUUGAGUUGCUGGGGAAAAAUAUUGAGCAGUUGUGGAGUGAUUACAAGGCCAAGUAUGGGAAUAUUAACUGAUCAUUUAUGAAAUAUAGUGAUAGUAUAUGUAUGUGUUCUGAGGGUGAGCCGUGCUAUAUGUAAGAUAGCUUUGUAAUAAAACAUGGAAGGAAUAAAAUAAACCAUGUCCUUAUUAUAAAUUAUAAUUAUAUGUUAUAUAUAGAACAUGUUGUGAAAG